CCGGCACAGCCUGCUCCUGAGCAGUCUUCCAGACAUAUCUAUACCCGGCGGUCCCCUCCACCUCCGGCCAGUUUCCCUCGACUCUGUGUUGACCGUGUUCCAGAGAUACACAGACUGGUCCUUCUAGCCGCGGGAACAUCGCCAUCUCACAGCAUCAUCAAUUCAAUCUCUCCAUGAUCCUCGGGCCUAGCCCACGUUGCAUUUGUCCGACAACUCGCUGAGCCAGGUACCGUGGGCGCGCUCCGGCUUCACUCUAUGUACCCUUAUACCUCCCCCGCGAGUCUCUAUCACCAGCCCGCGGUGUCGAGCCACCACAUUCCGCUGCGAAGGUACGAGAAGAGCCCAGCGCCAGUACAACGGACGCUCUCCAUCAGCAUCAGGACCGGCGCUAAUUCAAAAACCCCCAGCACCGAUAUCUCUCUAACCCUACGCCAGCAGCCCAAGGAAGCGCUGGUGACGGCAGAGGGCAAGGAGAAAGCGCGGAAACCCGUGGACCCGCCCCCAAUUAUACAACUCCAUGUCGAGCAACGCGCGGACCCCCCACAACAUUUCCUCCAGAGCCCGUAUCUGUUUAUGUGCACGAGUCUCUGGAAGGUCGACAAGAACGAGCCUUGGGAUGGCGUCGGAAACAAGUCCUUGGCCGGCUCUCUAGUGUCGUCGCUACAUAGGCUCAAGGAUAUCGACAACAAGGAUGGAGGCUUCUUUGUCUUCGGAGACAUAUCAGUCAAGGUGCAGGGGACCUUCCGCCUGAACUUUAGCCUCUUCGAUCUUCACAAAGAUACGAACGAGGUGCAAUACCUAGGAGGCAUCACUUCUGAGCCGUUCAAAGUACUGCUGCCAAAGGACUUCAAAGGAAUGGAGGAGUCGACCUACCUUUCAAGAGCGUUCUCAGAUCAGGGUGUUCGAUUGCGUCUUCGCAAAGAGCCGAGGGCGAUGAUGGGCAACAAACGACCCUUUCCGUACGGCCCGGACGCGCCCAUCUCCAAUACUCCUAUCAGGCCUAACAUGCAGGAAUACUCCUCGUACGGAGACGAGUCGACAUCGCCGAACAAGCGUUUCCGCCCAGACACCGAAGACCGCAAGGAGCAGUACUCAGAUCAUACCGGAGCGACCAGCUCGGGUUUCUCGUCGACCUACACGACGCCACAGUACCCAGUCCGGAAUUCAAGUCUCUCCAGCGCAUUCAGCAUGUCGCAAUACCCGACCUUCGGUGGUCUGACCACUGGGAGCACGUCGCCCUACCAGUUUCGUCCUAGUAUCUCGAACUCGUCAAGCUUCUACAACGACUCCUUACUCUCGACAUCGAGCGCCGGCCCCGUCUCUGCCCCCAUGCCCCCACAGCAACGGUAUAAUGAGUUGCAGCCAUCAUAUACCGGAAUGUUCUCAAAUUUUGCGCCGCAUCGAAGCACACCCUCUUCGGCACUUGCAUUCUCGGACGAUGCUGCCGGCCUUGGGAGUUACCGACCAACAUCGGGCGUGGCUCUAGGCGGGGAAGAUCACCGGCCCGCAACGGCUGCCGGAAUUUCUCCGCCCAUGUCGAUACCGCAGGCGCCGCAGUCGCAGCCAUCUACACACCAGUCUCAUGACUCUCUUGGUUCUUCCAGAGGUGCGUCCUAUAGUCACUCCCCUGAAAUGGUCCGGACAUCGGGCUAUUCAGACCGCGUGCAGCUAGGCACACAGCUGCACAGCGCAAAUCGCUCCGCAGCGCGUCUUGACGACCAUUUCCAGAGCAACGUACCGGUAUACCAAGGUCAAAGGAAUGCCCUCCAGGUCCCUCCUUCAGAGCCGAAUUUGACAAGUCAUACAGAUACUGGAGCAAUCCCGCCUUCCCUGCACUACAAUCCGGACUUGAGUCAAUCCACUGAGGCGCACAGUGCUAACAGUGGGUGAUGACAGUUCCAGCUCGUCGCGAUAGCGCUACCUUCCCCGAGCAACUCGAAUACUAGGAGGGCGGGAGUGGCUGCAAAUCGGCUCGGCGAGGUGCUGUGCCAGCUUGAUACCCUUAGAAGGCGUUACGGACCGGCAAUAGGAGUUUACGAGGGGCUGAAGCCCUUCGGGGGCCUAGGCAAUGACUGUACGUUUCAGGCGGG